AUGGGCUGUUCUUAAUCCUCAGCAACUUUAGACGCUAUAGUGCACAGAGAGAUUUAAAGAAGAAUGAAGAAAGGAGAAAUCAAUCUCACCAGGCACGAUCCAGAUAUAACUCAAAAAUUAGAGAAGAAGAUCGAGAAAAAUAAGAGAUAGAGAACAUUCAAGAGAGUCAAGCCAGAAUAUGACAUUACUUUUCUCUAAUCCUCUAGAUAAAUUGAAGUCAUUGGUAAAACCUCUGAUGGAGAUCACCUAGUAAAGAUUGGAUCAUUACAGGAUUUGCAAAGACUAAGAGAAAUUUAGGAGGGAAAUGUUUGGGUUAAUACUGAGACCAGCACUGACACCAGACGAAUUAUGACAGCUAGAAAUUCUUAGUUAAGAGAAUCUCAUGACACUAAAGUCACAGAUUUAAAACAUUCGAACUCAGCAGGCGAAAUACCAGUUUAACAGUACAUGAUCAAGUAUCACUAAAAAUCAAACGCAGACUUCUUGGAUGAGCCAGCACACAGAGUAGCUAAUGCGCUUUUGAAAAAGUUUUAGUAAGCUUAUGACAAAGAUCAUGUAGUUACAAUUAAUCCAAAUGCCUUUUACCACCCUAACAAUACAUGA